UCCUUUCAAUCUAAAGAAUAUCUUGAUGAUGAUGAGUCUGACUUUUACACUUUUCUGUGUUUUUCUCUCUUAGGAUUGGAUGAAAGCUCUGCAGAUGUUUUGCAGUUUAAGAAAAAACAGUCCAGGGACAUCAAAUAAACGUCUACGUCAGGUCAACAGUCUUAUUUUGCAUGUAGAAGAAGCUCAUACGCUCCCAGUAAAGCAUUUUACUAAUCCGUACUGUAACAUAUACCUGAAUAGUGUCCAGGUUGCAAAAACACAUACCAGGGAAGGGCAGAACCCUGUAUGGUCAGAAGAAUUUGUCUUUGAUGAUCUUUCGUGUGAUAUUAAUAGAUUUGAGAUAAGUCUUAGUAACAAAACAAAGAAAAGUAAAGAUCCAGAUAUAUUGUUUAUGCGUUGCCAAUUAAGCCGAUUACAGAAAGGACAUGCAACAGAUGAGUGGUUUCAACUCAGUUCCUAUAUACCACUAAAGGGUAUUGAGCCAGGAUCUUUGCGUGUUCGAGCACGAUAUUCUAUGGAGAAGAUCAUGCCAGAAGAAGAAUAUAGUGAGUUUAAAGAGAUCAUACUUCAGAAAGAGCUUCACGUAGUCUAUGCUUUAUCACAUGUUUGUGGACAGGAUAGAACACUCUUAGCUGGCAUUUUAUUGAAGAUUUUUCUUCAUGAAAAGCUCGAGUCUCUAUUGUUACGAUCACUAAAUGACAAGGAAAUAAGUAUGGAAGCUGAAGCUACUACUUUGUUUCGUGCCACCACUUUAGCAAGUACACUUAUGGAGCAAUACAUGAAAGCGACAGCAACACAUUUUGUUCACCAUGCACUGAAAGACUGUAUAUUAAAGAUAAUGGAGAGCAAGCAGUCCUGUGAGUUAAAUCCCUCAAAAUUAGAAAAAAAUGAAGAUGUGAACACUAAUUUGGCACAUCUACUCAGUAUACUUUCAGAAUUGGUGGAGAAAAUAUUCAUGGCUGCAGAGAUACUGCCACCGACGUUGAGAUAUAUUUACGGAUGUUUGCAGAAGUCUGUUCAAAACAAGUGGCCAUCUAAUACCAAUAUGAGAACAAGAGUUGUUAGGUAUGUUACUUUUCAUUUUGUUCUAUGUUGAAAAUUAUCUUUUAAUAUCUCAUUAUUGUCAUACUUCAGUGUGUUUAUGUAUUUUUCUUUCCAUGCCAAAGCUUAAUAGUACUUAUACAGGUUACAACAAUAUUUAAGAUCAUUAUGGUACUGGAGCACGAUAUCCCAAUUAAUGUUUGAGAGCUCACCAGAUUUAGUCAUGCUGUUACAGCCUUUUCUAGAGAUGUAUUAUAGAGUUCAGUAUAGCUUUACCUAAUAGCUUUAACUUUGAAUUGACUUUUAUUUGUUGUUUUGCAGACUAUUCUAAAAUAUUAACUUCCUUUUUUAUGUUGAGAAAGAGAAAAACUUAAAGUGAUAAUUAACCUUCGUAAUACCUCUAGAGAGCAGUGAUCUCUCAAGAUGAUAUUCCUGUCAUAUGCAAUCUGGGAGGACUAUGCCUUAUCCAGGAACUCCUGUGUAGUGCAUCUUACACGUUAAGAUGAAUGUCCUUUGAAAUGCAAAACCAACAUAAGGAAACUAAUAUCUUCUCAAAAAGAUUAUUGGACUGUCAUUAGAUUUCACUGAUGUACUGUCUGCACUGGAAUAUAUAUAUAGCUCUCUACAUCAGUAGAGACUCCCAGUGUUGAUCACUCAGAAUCAACAGUGUUCAUUUCUGAAAACAUAUAAUUCUAUGGUGUCUCAGUUUUGUUUCAUUUCUCUGCUCCAACCCAAUCAUGUUGAAACAUUCUAGAACCUUUGUAAACAUGUUGCAGGCUACUGAACCUGGCUCCUCCGAACUGUCACUGAGUACAAAAACUUCAGUUUGUGUUCAUAAACCAAUUGAAUAAUUAGUUCUUCCUUUAACACUGUC